AUGUCUUCAUCUGCCCAACCUUUAGAACCAGAAUUUUUACAAGCUUACGAUGAAAUCGUCUCUUCAUUGAGAGAUUCAACUUUAUUCGAAGAAUUCCCAAAGUAUGAAAAAGUCUUACCAAUUGUGUCUGUUCCAGAAAGAAUCAUUCAAUUUAGAGUCACUUGGGAAAAUGAUAAAGGUGAACAAGAAGUAGCUCCAGGUUUCAGAGUACAAUUCAAUUCCGCUAAAGGUCCUUACAAAGGUGGUUUACGUUUCCAUCCAACAGUUAAUUUAUCAAUUUUGAAAUUUUUGGGUUUCGAACAAAUUUUCAAAAAUGCGUUAACUGGUUUAGAUAUGGGUGGUGCCAAAGGUGGUUUAUCUGUCGAUUUGAAAGGUAGAUCUGAUAAUGAAAUUAGAAGAAUUUGUGCUUCUUUUAUGAGAGAAUUGAGUAGACAUAUUGGCCAAGAUACUGAUGUCCCUGCUGGUGAUAUCGGUGUAGGUGGUCGUGAAAUCGGUUACUUAUUCGGUGCUUACAGAGCUUACAAAAAUUCUUGGGAAGGUGUAUUGACCGGUAAAGGUUUGAACUGGGGUGGUUCUUUGAUUAGACCAGAAGCUACCGGUUACGGUUUAGUCUACUAUACCCAAGCCAUGAUUGAUUACGCUACAAAGGGUAAAGAAUCAUUUGCUGGUAAACGUGUCGCUAUUUCUGGUAGUGGUAACGUUGCUCAAUACGCAGCUUUGAAAGUUAUCGAAUUGGGAGGUAACGUCUUAUCCCUAUCCGAUUCUAAAGGUGCUAUUGUCACAGAAUCUGGUAUUACUUCCGAACAAAUUGCCGCCAUCGCCGAAGCCAAGAUCAAAUUCAAGAGUUUAGAACAAAUUGUUGAAGAAUAUUCCGUUUUCGCAGAAAACAGAGUUAAAUACAUUCCAGGUGCUCGUCCAUGGACUCACGUUGGUAAGGUUGAUAUCGCCUUACCUUGUGCCACUCAAAACGAAAUUUCUGGUGAUGAAGCUAAGGCUUUAGUCGCUGCUGGUGUUAAAUUCGUUGCUGAAGGUUCCAACAUGGGUUCUACUCCAGAAGCUAUUCGUGUUUUCGAAACUGCUCGUUCUACUUCCAACUCCGUCCCAGAUGCUGUUUGGUAUGUCGGUGGUAAGGCUUCCAACUUGGGUGGUGUCUUAGUCUCUGGUUUAGAAAUGGCCCAAAACUCUCAAAGAAUCACUUGGACUAGAGAAGAUGUUGACAAAGAAUUAAAGAGAGGUAUGAUCAACUGUUUCAACGACUGUAUUAAUGCUGCUAAAAAAUAUAACAAAGAAACUAACGAAAAUACUUUGCCAUCUUUGGUUAAAGGUGCUAAUUUGGCCUCUUUCAUCAAGGUUGCUGAUGCUAUGUUCGACCAAGGUGAUGUUUUCUAA